AUGCAAGCGUGGCCUGGCCUGCUGGCUGCCGUUCGAGGUGCCAUCGACCAGUGUUACUGCUUUGGGGACAGCGUGGGCUUUCUAUGCUGUGCUUCAAAUCCCAUCUUUGGGCAAAAAUGGGCCCGUUCCUUUUCGAGGAGCAUUGAGGUCCACCCCUUGCCUCAACCUGCUCGAAUAGUAGAACGUGCUCACCCGCCAGGCAUGGGGGGGCAGCACAAGGGCUGCUGCGCCAGCAUUGUGCUGACGAUGAGCCCCAAGAAGGACCGGCUGAUCGUCACCGAGUGCCAGCUGGCCCACAACCACGCCCUGUGCCCCAUCGAGUUUGCCUACUACUUCAAGAAGGGCUACCUGAUGGCCAACUCGUGCCUGCCGGUGCGCACCACCACCAAGAUCUCCAAGCAGUUGGGGGGGGCGGACGUGCAGCACCUGCUUUCCUACUGCAAGAGCUGUGACCACGGGGUGCUGGACGGGUCUCUUCGCCAGCAACCCCAGCGCCAAGUCCUCAUGGAGGACAAGGUCAUCGUCCAGACCAUCUUCUUUCUGAGCUUGCGCAUGAUGGCGCUGAGCCGGCACGUCCCGCUCAUGCUGUUCUUCGACCGCAUGGUGGGGCUGAACGAGGAGUUUGACCUGUAUUCGGUGCUGUGCGUGGACGGGGCGGGGCGCGGCCAUGAGGUGGCCUACUGCCUGACGCAGCGGGAGACGCCCGACCUGCUGCGCUUCACGCUGGCCUCGCUGGUGCAGAGCGUGCCUGAGGUCAAGCUGCAGGUGUGGUGCAUCACGCUGGGCGUGGAGAUCACCCACCUGGAGGCGGUGAAGGAGCUGCUGCCCAAUGCCCGCGUGCAGAUCUGCCGCUCCCAGGUGCUGGAGACACUCUUCAGCAAGGCGCAGGAGCUGGGUGCCGCCGAAGAUGAGCGCAUCUGGCCCCUGCUCUGCCGGCUGGCUGCAGCCACGUCGCCGGCCGCCUACCAGCAGGCGGUGCAGGAGAUGAAGGCCAUUCUCCCCCAGCGCUUCGUGCGCUACUUCCGGCGCCAUUGGCAGCCGCGCAGCGAGAUGUGGGUGCAGUUCUGGGCCUUUGAGACGGCCCGCAACGUCAACGCCUGCGAGCUGCUCAAGCAGCACCAGCGCUGGCUCAGGCCAGCGCUCAGCCCCUCGCCCACCGUGGCCCAAUGCCUGCUGGACCUGCUGGCCAUGCAGGUGGGCAGCGAGGCCCAUGAGCUGGAUGAGGGAGAGACGGAGGAGCCAGCAGAGUCCCUGCCCACCGAGGGGCUGAGCCUGGAGCGCCACACACAAACGAUUGCUGUUCCCAAGGAGUAUAACGUGCGUCGGCACUACGACACGAUGCACCGGGAAAAAUAUGAAGCAUUCACCGGAAAAAUCCGAGAGGAAAAAGUUCAGCAACUUAAAGCAGCAUUUGCCAAGCAAAAACAUUUCUUUUCGGGGAUUAACAAGUCUAGCGAAGAUUCACAAGUAUGGACAGUGAAUAUGGGAAACUUCCGUAUCACACUCAAGUUAGAUGGCUGA